CGAUCAUGAAAUUCGCAUCAAUCCGCAGCAUAAGAAACACGAGUGUGCUAUCCUGUUGUCAGCAUGCGACAGAGUUCAUCUAAUCUUGUGAGCAAUCUGGUUCAGACGCCUUCGGAGCUGCAGCCAAAAAGAGCAAAACGAGCUCGACUCUCAUUAGCGUGUAAUCAAUGCCGGAAACGAAAAGUUAGAUGCGAUGCGGAGAUGCCGCAGUGUAGGAACUGCAAAAUUCGAGGACAUGAGUGCAUUACUACCGAUCCGCGGAAUCCAGAUUUGGUCGUCUAUCGCAAGGCUCCCAAGAGUAGCGAAAAGACUCAGAUGAGCGAGGUAGCUCCGAUGGAGGAUACGCCUGAGCAAUCGAGCCCAGAGCCAUCUUCGUUUCCUACUGUUGAAAAUUCUCUUCGUUCCCAGGAUCAAAUCCCAAGUCGAGUAAGAUCUUCGUCCACAGGUUUGGCACACAGCGAAUCUGCACAUGUGUCUACUCAUCACGAGCUUUCGAGAUCCCGAGACCAGGAAUUGAUUCCCACCGUCUUUCAUGAUGACCACCAUAGCCCAUUGGCAUUAUACGGUGACGCAUCGAGACAUCGACAGAAGCUCAUGGGCCGUAGCAGUUUGCGGAGCCUCGUUAUGGUAUUAGAUCUUUGUCUCAAUCGUUUAGGUCUACCUUCUGUUGAACCAGCCUUUGGGCAUGGUAUGUAUUAUGUUGAGGAGCUUCAUUUACCUCUGAGUUGCCACUUGCCAGACCUUCCUCCUCCAUCAUUGUUUGAGACGUUCUUAAGAGCCUAUAAAGAGCGAAUACAUCCUUUAUUCCCCUUGGUAGACAUCGCACAUAUCGAAGACGAAUCAAAACGCCUAAGAUCAGAGAGCGAGGAAUGCUGGACACCAGCAAGUGGACCGACAAGAAUUCAAGAUAGUCUUAGGACAUCUGAAAUCCCAAUCCUUGCAUGUAUCUACGGAAUUAUUAGCAUUGGUGCCGAUGAAGCUGCUGGGCAGAUUACCGAAACUGGCACAGUGUUUCUCAAUGCGGCCUUCAGCUUUUAUGCACAUUUGGUAGGAACCCCCUAUCUUACCUCAGUUCAGGCCUUAUUGCUACUCACAAUUGCAUUGCGUGGCCGCAACAAGGAAGGACAAGGGUUCCAGACAUUGGGUCAAGCUAUUCGCAUAGCUCAUAGCAUUGGAAUACAUCGCAACAUUGCCAAAUUAGAUCCACGCCCGCACAAUCAACCCAGCCUUCGAGAUCAAUUGCACGCAAGGGUGUGGUGGACAUGUUUCGCUCUUGAGAAGAUCUUCGAGCUUGAGACUGCUCGUCCAACAGCAAUUCGGAGAAGUGACUCUGACCAAAUCAUCCCAUCUACUUCAAAUUGUGCUGAAUUUCCCUAUUUCGCACAUUUUGUUUCUCUUGCAAUGGUUCUGGGGCAAAUUUCAGACGCUCUUUAUCGAGCCAAGCGCAGUCAAGAAAGUGCUGUUCAACUACUUCAAAGCAUUGCCAGGCUAGAUGCAUCACUUUCUAAUUGGUGUUCGUCCGUGCCAGAGCACAUGCGUCCGCUCGGACAUUUCUUUGGCGAUGAAGCAGAACUCCCGCUAGCGACAUUUUUAUCUUUGCAAUACAAUCAAGCCGUCAUCACGUUGCACCGAACAGCUUUAGCCGUCCAACAACUUCAAUAUGACACAGAACUUGACAAGAUAAAAGCUAGCACAAAUGCUGCUUCAUGGCAGCGCGUCAAAAGAGGGGCUUCUUUAUGCGUUCAAUCCGCUCGAGCAAUUAUCAAGCUUGAUGCAGAAUUGGCCGACGCGCAGAUCACGUCAAGGUUAUUUACAGUUACACAGUCCUUACUUGCUAGUGUUGUGCUUGCCCUUCACAUUGUCCGCCAGCCUACAUCUCGAAUGGUGAAUAGUGAUCUUGAGUUACUGUCAAACGAGACCCUCUACGCAGAAGAGCAAUACCGCUCUUGUGGACAAGAUGAAAAUUUUAUCAAAGUUUGUUCCACGUUGAGAAAAUCCAUGCUGGAAUUCGUGCAGCUUCACAAAAGCAUUCAGGACGCCCCGUUACCAAGAACUAGCACGGAACGGCAACCGCCAACGCCAAGCAGUUCGACCUUCCCAUCUACAAAUCCAUCAGAAACAUCUUGGAGUCUUCAUUCCGGUGUUCACGCUGGUUUUCGGACGGGGGAUCCUUUGCAAGAUGUCGCUUUAGAAGAUUUUUGGUCAACCAUGGACCCGGAUUUGACGAUCGACGAUUAUUUUGGUCAGGAUAUUGGUAUCUAAUAAUGAGGGAGCAUUCCUUUGAUUCCUUUGCACUAGUAUUGUUGGAAAUAUUUUGUCCCUUCAAUUUGGGCGUGACAAAAUGACAUGCGGCCGAACGGGGGGAACAUCCAGAAGGGGAG